CCAGGGUUUCGCUGAUUUUUUAGAAAAAGUAAGAAGCUCCAGUGUGUUUUUGAUUACAUGGUCAAUCGAUCAUCAUGCUUCUUUUCAAAUUCAGUCAUACAGAUUCUUCGGAACCAAUGACAAGCCCAUAGAAUUGUACAGUGCUUGUACAUCUUCUUUGUUUAUUUUAUCAAGAUCCCUUGUCACACUUUUAGCAAAAUAGCGACUGCAUUUUGUAAACUCUAUAGUCUCAAUGAAGCAGAGUCAACUGUUGUCGAGGCAUUGCAAAGUAUGUGUAUCGAGGCGAUUAGCAAUCAACCCAGUUUUGUCAUUCACAACGAGGCCUUGUAUCCAAAGUCACAAAACCAAAGCUAUCUACUCAAUUCGGCAUUAUACAACCACUACUAUAGAGAAGCAACUACAGCAGCAACCACGAAAAUCACUUGUCCGUCGUAUUAUUAAUGGUGCUGCCAUAAUUACCUUAGCCACAACUGCUACCGUUGGUAUUGGUGGUGCCGUCCUUUAUGAGUCCAGCGACCAAUUUCGUCACGUUGCCAAUGCUCUCAAACGUUGUGCUGUCGCUGGUGCUGUAGGUGUCCAAGUUGCAUAUGACUAUCAUAAGACGCUAUCCAAAGAUUAUCCAGAUGAAAAAACAUUAGAGGAAGCGAAACGAGCUUGUCAUCAACGAUGCGCCAAUCGUGUUUUAGCGGGUGUGCAAAAAUUGGGCGGUGUAUAUGUCAAGCUGGGCCAACAUAUCUCUGUCAUGCAAUAUCUAUUGCCCGUGGAAUGGUGUAAAACCAUGAGUGUGCUACAGGACCGUUGUGAUCCGACUCCACCAGAAGCUAUUAAACAAUUGUUCUUAACUGAUUUUGGGCAGCCUAUCGAAAAAAUUUUUGAUGAAUUCGAUUGGGUACCCAUUGGGGUUGCAUCGUUAGCUCAAGUGCAUCGAGCUCGUUUAUCCGAAUUUAUGUUAGAGCAACUUAAGCAGCAGGAGGAAGUGAGUCGAAGCAAUAGCAGACUAAAUUAUCUGGAUAAAAAUUGUAUCGAUGAAGAGGAUAGAUGGGUUGCUGUUAAAUUACAGCAUCCUUAUCUUGACGAAUAUUGUAAAUUGGAUAUGGAUACAGUCUCUUUUAUUCUUGAAAUUGUUAAGCGCGUCUUUCCUGAUUUCGGAUUCGAUUGGUUUGCUGAGGAAAUGAGAGAAUCAGUUCCUAAAGAGCUGGACUUUGUGCAUGAAACGGAAAAUUCAAGAAGAGUAGAAGCUAAUUUCGCGGAAGAUCUGAGAAAUAAGACCACCUCUCUUGUGGUCCCUAAAGUUAUAUGGGCCAAGAGACGAAUCAUGUGCAUGGAAUUCAUACAUGGCUCAAGAGUAGAUGAUUUAGAAUACAUGAAACAGCAUAACAUUGAUCCCAAGGUAGUGUCUGCAGAGCUUACGAGAAUCUUUUCUCAGAUGAUUUUCAUACACGGUUUUGUGCACUGCGACCCUCACCCUGGAAAUGUUUUCAUCAGACCAACCAAAAACCCUAAGCAUUCUAAGUACAAUUUUGAUCUUGUUUUGCUGGACCAUGGACUUUACCGUGAAUUAUCAGAAGAUCUGCGAUCGAACUAUGCUCAUCUAUGGACAUCAUUGAUCAAAGCUGAUGAAGAAGGCAUUCGUAAAUAUUCUUACCUUGUCGGUGGUACUGAUAUUUACCAGCUUUUCGCUUGUAUGUUGACUGGACGUGAAUGGGAUGUUAUCAGUCAGUCCGAUUUGAAUAGUGUGAGACAAAAAGAUGAAGUUGGUCGUAUAUCCGACGGUGCCUUCACUUAUCUGUAUGAAGUGACAGAUAUCUUGGGUAAACUACCACGGCCCGUGCUUUUACUGCUAAAGACCAAUGAUUUACUACGACAUGUUGAUGAAAAGCUUAAUACUGUGGCGGAUGAUCGUAUGACUUAUGUAAUUAUGGGUAGUUUCUGUUCGAAAGCUGUCUGGCUUGAUACCAAAAAGCAUAUCCUGGACAAGAUUAGAUCGUCUACUGGCUUUAGUUUUGCUCUUCUCAAACAACUAAUUCAUGCUUGGUGGCAAUAUAAAUCAUUAACUUAUGCUCUUUGGUUGUAUGAAUUUAGUCAAAAAUGGGUUGAAAAGUUGAAUAACCUUUUAGGAAAGGAUAUGAAAGAUGUAAAAGCAAUACCUGCAGCAAUAUAAAUCCAACCAGCACUAAUUAUACCUGACAAGACCACAACUACUACUUAUAUAAAUCAGUAACACCGGCAAAUUACCACUUACUGUUGACAAACCGAUUAGUAAGAGCUGUAGACACAAAACCUUUAUUUAUUAAUCUUUAUUUAAAGAAAAUCACAAUGGUUAAAAUAGAUUCUG